AAAAGCAGGAAAAGGGAAUUUCAGAGCCGCUUUUGGGAGCGGGGGGAGGAAUUCCGAGGGCAGGAAUCCCAAGGAUUGUUUAUCCUGGUGGGAUCCAACAAUUCCAAACAAUCCUUGGGGCGAGGAAUGGAAUUCCCGGGCUUGGAAUUCCUGGGGGUGGAAUUCCCACCCCUCUCUCUCUUGUUCCAAACUGGGAUUUUUUUUCCCACAAAAACGGCCCUGGGUUUGAUCCCAUUCCUGGAUUUUCCAGCACGCAGCAAAUCCAUGGAAAAAUGGGAGUUUGGGAAGAGCUUUUGCCUCUUCCCAGGGGUUUUCCAAGGGAAAAUUCCAGCUGGAGGGGGAAAUCUGAUUCCAGAGUCUUUCCUGGGUGUGGGAUUCCCGGGAUCAGGGAGCUCCAAAGCCGGGGAAAAUCGGGAAGCGCUUCCGGCCUGAUCCCAGAUUUUUCAUGGGAAAGGGAACCCCGGGAAGAGCCGGGAUUUGCUCCCCUUGCAUUUGGAAUUCCUGGCAGUGGAAAAUAGGGAAUUCCACAGGCUGGACUGGAAAUCCCAGGAUAACUUGACCUGGAAUUCCUCGGGAUGAGAUUCCAAGGGGGAUUUGGGGUGAUCGGAAUCCUUGGAUUUGGGAAAGGAUUCCUGAAUCCCUUCCCAGGCCCUGAAUCCUCUUGGAUUCCUUCCCAAUCCAGGGUUUUUUGGGAUCAUCCCUUUUUUUCCCGGGAUCCAGAGGGAUUUUGGAUUGAAAAACUUGGGAAGAGCUCAGAUCCCAAGCCUGGAGCUGGGAAUGAGGGAAAACCUCGGGAAAAUCCCAAAGAAAUCAAGGAUGAGGGAAACACCUGGGAAUUCCCAGAGCUCCUAUCCCAUCCCAGAAUUCUCUAGGAUUAAAACUCAGUUUUUAGGGAAAAUGGGAUGGGGAAAAAGCCAGGAUUUGGUGCUUUCCCAUCUCCCUGGGAGUUCCUGGGCUCUGCUAUUCCCAAAAAACUCCCAGAGCAGAAAUCCCCUUUUCCCUAUGGAAGCCCCUCACCUCCAUUCCCAGAUUUUUUCCCUUUGGAAUUCACCCCCAGAGGGAUUCUUUGUCCUGAAAUCCCAAAGGAAUCCCGGAGUUUCCUGGGAUGAGGAGAGGCCUUGAAUCCAAGGAUUCUCCCCCCGCUGGGCCGCGGAAUAUCCCGAUAUCUCCCUGACGCAGGAGCUCAGCCUCUGGAAUCCCGGGAAUUUCCACUCGGCCCACGCUGCUUCCAAAGUAUUUUAAACACAGAGGGAGGAAAAAACCCCCCAAAACUCGGGAUUCGGGGAUUUUGGGAUGAGUGGAAAACCCCUGAAAGCAGCGGAGGGGUUGGCGCUGAUCCAUAAAAUGUUUUGGGAAUGCUGAGUCGGUGCCAGCUCCAAACCCCCGGGAAUUCCUUUGGGAUGGAUGCCUCCAAAAUUUCCCGUUCCUUUCGUUUUCCCAGAAUUUUCCAGCUGGGAAAAAAAAAAUCCCAAAUCUUGGGGCAUUUUUUCAGGUUUUCCAGGGAUGUGGUGAAAAGCAGGAGAGGGAAUUUUGGGAUUUGGGGAAAAACGGAGCUGGUGGAAAACUGGGGGGAGGAGGAGUGGAAGUGAGAAGGGACAGAAAUUCCAUAAAAAACCGGGAUUGGGAUAACAAAGGUCAUGAAAUGACCCUGCGGAAAGGAGGAAAAUCGGGAAUGAGCCUGAAAAAUCCAUGGGAAUAAUUCCCGAGGAGCUUUGCCUGUUUCCCCCAGAUCCAACCGAUUGGGAAGAGCCAGGAGGGAGAAAAAUGCUGGAAUUUGGUCAUUCCCGAUGAUCCAAAUCCCAUUUUUUAGGGGAUAGGAAGUGCCUCCCCCUCCCAAAAUCCUCAUCCAAGGCUUUUCCCUGGGAUCCGAAUUCCAGGGACAAUCCUGGCAUGCCCGGAGCGCCGUUCUCCCCACGUUCCAUCCCCCCAAAAUUUAAGGGAUUUGGGUUUGGAUGGUUGGGAAGGACGGAGACCUCAAAAUUCCUUCAUUUUCCCGAAUUCCAGGAGAAUCCCGGAGCGCUGUUUUCCCCUUGGAUGAGGAAUUCGGGGAGGGAGGAGGGAUCCCACGUUCUAUUCCCAAAAAAACGAAGGAAUUUUGGCUCUGACCUCGCUGCUGGGGUUGGAAUUUCGGGGUCUACGUCAUUCCCGAUGAUCCAACCCCCUCUGGAUGCGCGAAUCCCGGGUUUUUUUUGGGAUAGAAGGUGACUCCCCCCUCCCCUUUCCCAAAAAUCCCGGUCCGAGGGGCGAACAGCUCCCCGGGGGUGCCGGGGUUGUCCCUGGAAUUCGGGAUCCCGGGAAGCGCGGAGCCUUGGGCCGGCCCUUAUCAGCGCGGAACCCAAACAAUCCCCUCCGCCAGCGGCUCCGCGGCUCCGGCCGGGAUAAACAAUUCCCGAAAAUCCGCCGGGAACGCUCAACCCCAUCCCUGGCACCCCGGAAAUGACGGGCGCGAGCUCAGGGGCGCCCUUGGAAUUCCAGGGGGGCGGGAGGGAGCGGGGACGAGGGGGGGGGGCUCAUUCCAAGCGGGAUAUAAAGCCGGGAUGAAGCGCGGCGCUCCCCACGCUGGGAAUUCCAGGGGUUUUCCAGGAUGCGCUCCCAAAUCCGCCUGCUCCUGGCGCUGCUCUGCGCCGCCCCGGCCGCUCCCGCUCCCCCGCCCUGGGAGCCGGCGCGGGGCGCUCCCAGCCCCUGGAUCUGGGGGGACGAUCCCCAUUCCCAGGGGUAUUCCCAGGCGCAUUCCCGAUCCCAGAUGCCGGUGGAGGUGCAGUGCCAGGAGGCGCAGCUGGUGGUGAUCGUGCACCGGGACCUGUUCGGGAACGGGCGCCUGGUGAGCGCCGCCGAGCUCAGCCUGGGCCCCGCCGCCUGCAAACAUUCCCGCCUGGAUGCAUCCCAAAAAACCGUCACCUUCAGCGCCGGCCUGCACGAGUGCGGCAGCACCGUCCAGGUCACUCCGGACUCCCUGAUCUACCGGACGCUGCUGAGCUACGAGCCCAGCCCGGGCAGCAACCCGGCCAUCGUGCGCAGCAGCCCCGCGCUCAUCCCCAUCGAGUGCCACUACCCCAGGCGGGAUAACGUCACCAGCGGCUCCAUCCGUCCCACCUGGUCUCCCUUCAACUCCGUGCUGGCCUCCGAGGAGAAGCUCCUCUUCUCCUUGCGCCUCAUGAACGAGGACUGGAGCUCGGAGCGGGAUUUCUCCACGUUCCGCCUGGGGGAAGUGCUGAACAUCCAGGCUGAGGUGGGCGCCCACAGCCACAUCCCGCUCCGGCUCUUCGUCGACUCCUGCGUGGCCACGCUGGGCCCCGGCGCCGGCAGCGAGCCCCACUACGCCAUCAUCGACUUCAACGGCUGCCUGGUGGACGGGCGCUCCGAUGCCACCAGCUCGGCCUUUGUCACCCCCCGGCCCCGGCAGGACGUGCUGCGCUUCCAGAUCGACGCCUUCCGCUUCGCCGGUGACACCCGCAGCCUGAUCUACAUCACGUGUCACCUGAAGGUGACCCCGGCCGAGCAGAGCCCGGACGCGCUGAACAAGGCCUGCUCCUUCAGCAAGGCCCGCAACACCUGGGCGCCCGUGGAGGGGACAAGGGACAUCUGCAGCUGCUGCGAGCUGGGCAACUGCGGCAGCGCGGCCAUGGCACGGAGCAUGCGGCCACCGGAGCCCUGGGACGGCCACCGCUACCGGAGACACGCUGCCACCUCCGAAGCUGAUGUUGUCAUCGGUCCAGUGCUGCUCUCCAGUGACCAGCGGGGACAGCGCCCACCGAGCCACCAGGACUCGGUGACGCUGCCAGCCUUGGGGACAGUGCUGGCCUGUGCGGUGGCCGGUGUGGUGGUGGCCGGAGCCGCGGUGGCCAUCGGCCUCAGGCGCCGGAAUUCCCAAUAAAUCCUUCAGGAAUUCCCAAUAAAUC